UUAAUAUUUACCUUAUUUGUCACUUCGCUGAUCUUGUCUAACAGAACUCACCGUUACAUAUAUCCGUUAACUUUUCCAUCCACCUCAUUCACUCUGUAUAAAUCUUCCUGAACCUCCUCAAACUCAUCUCUGAUAUCUCUCUCUCUGUUUUCUCCGAAUUCCACAAACCUCAAAAUUCAGAAGAUACAAAAACCCUAGAUUUGAGCCAAAUCUCAGCUACUAGGGUUAAGGGGCUGCAGCAACAAUCAAUCAAAAUCCUAGGGUUUGAGAAGAAUCCUAGGGCCAUGGCUGCUGAGAAGAAGAAAGAAUCAACAGCACUGCUUCUCGGCCGGUAUGAGAUCGGGAAAUUAUUAGGGCAUGGUACAUUUGCAAAGGUAUAUCAUGCUAGGAAUGUGAAAACAAAUGAAUCUGUUGCGAUUAAGAUUCUUGAUAAAGAGAAAAUUGUGAAGGGCGGUUUAAUGGUGCAUAUUAAAAGAGAAAUCUCAAUUUUGAGACGUGUUCGUCAUCCUAAUAUAGUUCAAUUGUUCGAAGUAAUGGCGACUAAGAAGAAAAUAUAUUUCGUCAUGGAAUAUGUCCGCGGUGGUGAAUUGUUCAAGAAAGUAGCUAAAGGUAGAUUAAAAGAAGAAAUUGCAAGAAAAUAUUUCCAGCAAUUAAUCUCUGCCGUUUUAUUUUGUCAUCAUAGAGGUGUUUUUCAUAGAGAUUUAAAACCUGAGAAUUUAUUGUUGGAUGAAAAUGGUGAUUUGAAGGUUUCUGAUUUCGGUUUAAGUACUGUUUCUGAUCAAAUGAAAGAUGGGUUGUUUCAUACUUUUUGUGGAACACCAGCUUAUGUUGCUCCUGAAGUUCUUGCCAGGAAAGGAUAUGAUGCGGCUAAAGUUGAUAUUUGGUCAUGUGGUGUGAUUUUGUUUGUUUUGAUGGCAGGUUAUUUGCCGUUCCAUGAUCAGAAUAUAUUGUCCAUGUACAAGAAGAUUUAUAAAGGUGAAUUUCGUUGUCCCAGAUGGUUUUCUCCUGAGUUAGUUCGUUUAUUAACUCGAUUGCUUGAUACAAAUCCUGCUACUAGAUUUACAAUUCCAGAAGUAAUGGAGAAUAAAUGGUUUAAGAAAGGUUUCAAACUUGUCAAAUUUUAUAUUGAAGAUGAUAAAUUGUGUAGUGUUGAAGAAGCUGAUAUUGAGUCUAUAUCAUCUGAGAAAUCUUAUUCGGAAUCCGAAUCUGAACAACAAGAUUCAGUAGAAAAUGAAAUUCAGUCACACCCUAAGAGAGUUUUGGGGUUGCCCAGACCGGCCAGCUUGAAUGCGUUUGAUAUAAUCUCGUUUUCACCAGGGUUUGAUUUAUCCGGGUUAUUUGAGGAAACAGGAGAAGAAGCUAGAAUUGUUUCCGGUGCUCCUGUUUCAAAUAUUAUCUCGAAAUUAGAAGAAAUUGCUAAACUUGUUAGUUUUACAGUAAGGACUAAAGACUGUAGAGUAAGUAUUGAAGGGUCAAGGGAAGGUAUUAAAGGUCCAUUAACAAUUGCAGCUGAGAUUUUCGAAUUAACUCCUUCGUUAAGAGUUGUUGAGGUGAAGAAAAAAGGCGGCGAUCGUGCUGAAUAUGAAGAUUUUUGUAACAAUGAGUUGAAACCUGGGUUGCAAAGACUUGCUUUUGAUUUAUCUGUUGCAGCAGAUAGAGCAGCAGAAUGUGAAGAAAUUCGCAAACCUGGUGGGUUGCAUAAAGUUGCUUCUGAUAUAUCAUUUGGUGGAGAUAGAAGGGACUAUGAAGAUUUUCAUCAUUUCAGAGGCCAUAUGCAGCCUGCAUUAACAAAAGUUGCUUCUGACAUUUCUCCAAUUGCUGUUGCUUCUGCUGUUUCAGAGUCUAUGGCGACACCCUCUCCGGUUAUAUUUACUCUUUCAGAUUCAGAAUGAGGAGUUAGAGAGAUAUUUGAAGAACACAAGUAUGUCCUUGUUACUUAUGAAUUUACCUUUUGUGGGUUCUUUGUAUAAUAUAAUCUGUAUUCUCUUCUUUGUUUGUUGUUCGUAGUUUAUUUUUUUGUUGUAAUGGGGUUGGUUUCUUAAUUCGACGACAUACAUGAAUUAGGGAUUAGAUUAGGAUCAUCAACAGUGGGUCUCUCAAGUUCUUAACUGUCACAAUGUUCAUAUGAAAUUUCAUAAAUGAGACUGACAUGAAUGAAAACCUAUAUUGUUUGGCAUCCAA